UCAAACAAGGCCAAUUUUUUUUUAUCAAGUUUAAUCUAGACCUCACGAUCUCUUUGGUAAUUUGACUAAUUUUUAAUAAAUCGAUGUUUUCUCAGAGGAUUUGUAGAGAGAGGCCGGUAAAACCAUCUCAAAAAAAAUCAAGAGAUGCAAUGGACGGAUGUAGGAGGGCGAGGUAAAAGAGGCCGCGAUCAUGGUUGUCGCGGUGGCCGAGUUAUCGAAGAUGAAAUCCACGAUGCUAAACCAUCCGAAGAUAUUGAAGACGAUGACGACAAAUCUCAGCCUCACUCUGGUGGUGGUGUCGAUAGUGCUGGAAAGAUAUUUGUUGGAGGUUUAGCCAGGGAGACUACUUCAGCUGAAUUCCUCAAGCAUUUUGGGAAAUAUGGAGAGAUCACUGAUUCUGUGAUUAUGAAGGAUAGGAAAACUGGACAGCCCCGAGGAUUUGGGUUUGUGACAUAUGCUGAUUCCUCGGUGGUAGACAAAGUUAUAGAAGACAAUCACAUUAUAAUUGGGAAGCAGGUUGAAAUUAAGCGGACGAUACCAAGAGGAUCCAUGAGCUCUAACGAUUUCAAAACUAAGAAGAUAUUUGUUGGUGGAAUUCCUGCUUCUGUAGAUGAUGAUGAGUUCAAGGAAUUCUUUAUGCAAUUUGGAGAGCUAAAGGAACAUCAGAUUAUGCGCGAUCACUCAACUGGAAGAUCACGUGGCUUUGGGUUUGUUACAUAUGAAAGUGAAGAUAUGGUUGAUCAUCUCUUGGCGAAAGGGAACAGAAUUGAGCUUUCAGGGACUCAGGUAGAGAUAAAGAAGGCAGAGCCGAAAAAACCAAACUCGGUUACAACCCCGUCAAAGCGGUUUGGUGAUUCUCGCUCUAACUUUGGUGGAGGUUAUGGAGAUGGUUAUGGUGGCGGACACGGUGGUGGAUAUGGUGGUCCAGGUGGUCCUUACAAAUCAGGUGGUGGCGGUUAUGGAGGUGGCCGGUCUGGUGGGUAUGGAGGGUACGGAGGAGAAUUCGGCGGGUAUGGUGGUGGUGGAUAUGGUGGUGGCGUGGGACCUUAUAGAGGAGAACCAGCACUUGGAUAUUCUGGUCGUUAUGGAGGAGGAGGCGGUUACAACAGAGGUGGUUAUGGCAUGGGAGGAGGCGGAGGGUACGGUGGUGGGCCGGGUGAUAUGUAUGGUGGGCCAUACGGUGAACCUGGAGGUGGUUACGGUGGACCAAGUGGCAGUUAUGGAGGUGGAUAUGGCAGUAGCGGCAUUGGUGGGUAUGGUGGUGCUGGUGGCGGAGGCUAUAGAGGAGGUGGUGGCUAUGAUAUGGGUGGAGUUGGAGGUGGAGGCGCAGGAGGAUACGGUGCUGGUGGUGGCGGAAACGGUGGAGGCUCAUUUUAUGGAGGAGGAGGAGGAAGUAGAGGUGGAUAUGGAGGCGGCAGUGGACGGUACCAUCCUUAUGGAAGAAUUCUUGUGGCAACUCUAGAGUUAGCUUGUAUCAACGCUUUUGAGGUAGGAGGAGGGAGGUUGGAGAUAAACUGCAGAAAGAAGGAGAAAGGAAGAGAUCAGAGCAAUUAUCCUCCUUACAAAGUUAUUGAAAUCACUCCUCCUCCUAAAUCUCUCGGCAUUCGUUGCCUUCCUCAUAACCUUCAAUGUGGAGAGAAUGUUAUGAUCGAAGGGCAAACGUACACAAUCUCCGCGGUGACUCAUCGGUAUCAGCUCCGGAAAGGCAAAUACGAGCCGAGUGAGAGGCGGCUGGAUGUUCUCUCCGCCGCUAGAUAUGUCUUAAACCUUUACUUCGACAAUUUGCUCCAAAACUCUUGAUCUUUUAUUUAGCCAAAAAGUUUGGUCUAGAGAUUUUCAUUGUAUCCAUGAAUUCUUGUGAAUUUGUAAUCAAGAAUUUGUACUUCUCUUAAUCGUUUCUCAUUUAUCAGGCCAAUUAUGGAAUAAUGAUAUAGUUAUACU